AUGCGCACAGCAUCUAUCGCACCUGUCAAAGCACCCAGUGUCAACAUCGACAGCGUCGAUUGGAACCACGACAACUACCCUCAGCGCAUCAAGAGCACCAAUCAAAGCGCCUACCCAGCUAUCGGGAGCAGUGUACAAGCCCUGGCAGGAGAACUCCUGGCCGCAGUCAGGGUCAUGGCAGUACCUGCAAGCAUUUUAACCAUGGGUCUUUUCUUUGGCUGUGCUGUAAUGGAUGGGCCGCCCUUUGUUGACCAGUCUCAGGCUGGGAGGCUGACUGUCUGUAACCUGAGAAGCGCCCUGCUCCUGUUCCUCAAGGACGACUGCAUCCCGUUUGUUGCACGAGGAGGCAAAAAAGCGCACUUGCGCGACGUCGUACAGCGGCUCGUGAAGGGUUCAACGAACAUCUAUCCCACGUACUCAGAUGUGUUGGGCCGUUUAAAACGGGCGAUAUCCUGCAAAUGCCCUGAUUUACAGCCCUAUAGAUGUGCUAAUAAUGCUUUUCUCUUGACCAAGGCAUAG